UUGAACGGGCACUUUGUCGACGAAUAGAAAGCCUCAGCCUUGUGGUGGACUGUUGAUACAUCCAAUAGCCUAAAGUGGUAGUAAUAUAGUCUGUCCGUGGUGCGGUGGUGAACACACACUGGAUGGGUCAAGAGGACAACGCUACAUGGGGGACGCAAGCGACAGCGGCUGGUAACGAUACCACCGCUCCUACACACCGGAGAGACCAAUUCGCACGGUGGAGAAAUCUGUAGGGCUUUACGACGCUCCGCUUCUGGAAAUUGACUUGAUAAAAUAACCAAGCAGAGCAUGAACACAUCGCAUUUGAGUGGCUCCUUCUCUGAGCAUGGACUGACCCAAUCCCUCUCUGGAUGAUUUGAUGGGGCUGCUCAGAGUCAUGAUGCCGCCCAAGUUGCAGCUUCUGGCGCUGCUGGCGUUCGCAGUGGCCAUGUUCUUCCUGGAGAACCAGAUCCAGAAGCUGGAGGAGUCCCGGGGGAAGCUCGAACGAGCCAUCGCCAGACACGAGGUGCGAGAGAUCGAGCAGCGGCACACGCAGGACGGCCUGCGGGAACGGGACUCGUCGGCCUCGUCGCUGUCCGAGGGCCAAGACGACAUCGUCAUCAUCUACAACCGCGUGCCCAAGACGGCCAGCACUUCCUUCACCAACAUCGCCUACGACCUGUGCGGGAAGAACCACUACCACGUCCUGCACAUCAACACCACCAAGAACAACCCGGUCAUGUCCAUACAGGACCAGGUGCGGUUUGUAAAGAAUGUGACUGAGUGGAGGGAAAUGAAGCCGGCUUUCUACCACGGACACGUCUCCUUCCUCGACUUCACCAAGUUUGGGGUGAAGAGGAAGCCCAUCUACAUAAACGUGAUCCGAGACCCCAUUGAAAGGCUGGUGUCCUAUUAUUACUUUCUGCGUUUCGGGGAUGACUACCGGCCCGGCUUAAGACGCAGGAAACAAGGAGACAAGAAGACAUUUGAUGAAUGUGUAUCAGCCGGCGGCUCAGACUGUGCCCCCGAGAAGCUCUGGCUCCAGAUUCCCUUUUUCUGUGGUCACUACUCUGAAUGCUGGAACGUGGGCAGCCAGUGGGCUCUGGAGCAGGCGAAAUACAACCUGGUGAAUGAAUACAUGCUGGUGGGAGUCACAGAAGAGCUGGAGGACUUUGUAAUGAUGCUGGAGGCGGCGCUGCCACGCUUCUUCAAAGGAGCCACUGAGCUGUACAAAACAGGGAAGAAAUCCCACCUGAGGAAGACCAGCGAGAAGAAGCCGCCCACAAAGGAGUCAAUCGCCAAGCUGCAGCAGUCGGCCAUCUGGAAGAUGGAGAACGAGUUCUACGAAUUUGCACUGGAGCAGUUCCAGUUCGUCCGGGCACAUGCUGUCAGAGAAAAGGACGGGGAGCUCUACUUGCUGGCACAAAACUUCUUUUACGAAAAAAUCUACCCCAAAAACUAAAGAGGCAACAUGUCCAGAGAAGAAGGGUCGGAGAGGACACUUCAGUUGGUACGGGCUCGAUGUUGCAGUCUGAGAGGAAGAAGAGCGAGGGAGAGGGGGACUAAUACACUACAGGUGUUUGUGUGGCUGCUUGUACGUGUGGUUGAGAACGUAACGUAGAGCUGCAGAUCAAAUCUGCUUCCACUGAGGGCUCUGUUAAUACGCCUGCCUGCCAACUGGACAAGGAGUUUGUGUUUCAUCCCCCCCCCCACGCCGGGCCUCGACUCCCCUUUAUUUCCAUGUCAAAGGUCUUCUGCAGAGGGCCUCGGCCAACACAUGUCCUGAGACAGCUUGUCCAGCAACUGGUCACCGGUCCUCCACCGCUGAUAGGUUUCACUGUUCUCCGAUCCAGACAAAACAUUUUCAUCGGCUCUGUGCUGUUUAGUUGUAUUUGGUUGUAUUUUAACUCUUUACUAUGGUUGUCUUUUGUAUGUAAAGACAGUGACAUUUUUCAUGGUGACACGACAUGCCCAUGCCUCACCACUACUACUAACUUAAGGAUAUUUUAAGUGUAAGAAACUGACUACUGUGCUGUAUUAUGGGACUUGAAUGAGAACUUUUGAGGUUUUUACAAAAUAAAAAUCCUGUGACCAUGGACUGCUUACUGGGACAAGUGCAUAUGUUUUAUACUGUACUUGAUGUGUUGGAUGUAAACACGCAGCUUUGCCUGGAGGCUUUUUCUCCCCACUGAACAUGAGAAUACUGAAGUGUGUAAGAACACUAAGGUGAAGAUGCUGCUGCUGUAAAUAUUUACUACUUUUUCAGUGCGAUUCAUUCACAGACACAUUUUCUACAUUAUCAAACUAACUCAUUUAUACUGUUAACGCCCUUUUAAAGUUGCAGUAUGUGCAUGUUAUCGGUUUGUACAUUUUAUUUCAACUCUUUCAUUUAACCUUUUAGUCUAUUUUUGUUGUUUUUCAUUUUCUUUUUUAUCAUAGACCCAGUUAGACAUGGGUGUUUACUACACUAAUAUUCUAAUCUGGAAUAUGCAGACAUUUAGGGAAAUACUCUCAUUCUGCUUUCUUGCCCAGAGUUAAAUCAGAUCGAUGCCACUCUAUUCUCAGUCCAUUAGAUAUAAAGCAACAACCAGCAGCAGGUUACCUUGGCUUCUGGUCAUCUAGUCUUGCGUUGCCAGACCUAUCUCCACAGCGCUUUGCAAGAGAAUAUGCCUAUUUCUCCAAAAUGUCAGAUGUUAUUUUCAGUUCUCCCACAUAAAAGAUGGUGGAAAGGUUGGUAAGAACUUUGCGUGUGUAGUUGUCAUCUGUUAUUUUCUUGACCGUUGAGUUUAUUGUGGUUUUAACUUCCUUUUAUUGGCUGAUUGAAAUCCUUGUCUAUUCUUCAUUAAUUGCUUACUAACCAGUUUAAAGUGACAAUGUUGCCCCUUCAACAAUUCACCUGGAAGAGCUGCACAGACUUUUUCCACUGGUAUACUGCAACAAUGCAAUUCCUGAGGUAUUUAAAUAUACAGAUGAAUAGGUACUCAUUUUUAAGUGAGGGCGUACUGCAGUUUGCCACUCAGUUUUUUUGUGUGCCUUCUCUACACCCAGCGCCCCCUGUCUGUCAGAUGCAACAUAAAACAACAUGGCUGUUUUCAUCAAUUGUUUGCCAAAUGAAAUACACAGAACAUUUUUUUUUUAACUA